AUGGCGGCUUUUGUUGUUGUAACCUCCCUUUUGGAGUUAGUGGAGCAGCAGCUUUUGCAACCCAAACCAUGUUUGGUUCUUCAUGAUACAGAAACGAUUGUGUCAUUGAGGGAUAAGCUCUACUUUCUGCAAGCUUUUUUGGAGGAAUCUGAGCUGAAACCCGAAGAUCCUGAAGCUAAAGAAGAGUUGGAAAGUGAGAUCCAAGAUGUAGCUACUAAAGCGGAAGGCCAAAUAGAAUCUAAACUAAGGCUACUUUAUUUGGCAGCUAAUGCUAAUGGAGGAGAUGAGUGUUUUGUUGAGGAGGCUUGCCAACAGCUUUAUCAGACCAUACAACAAGUACUCAAAGAUAUUAAGGCAGUUGAAGUAAGGAUCCUGAUGCUAAAACCAAACUUCUUAUUCACUUCAUCAACAAAUGAUAUCAAGGAAGAGAACAUCAUAUUUGGUGUUAGCUCCCCAAGGCCAAGUGAUUUAAUCCCUCAGGAUACACCCAUAGUUGGAUUUGAUAAUGAUGCAAGGACACUAGUGGACUGGCUCACAAAUGGGUUAAUGGAACGAAGAGUUAUUCCAAUCUGGGGGAUGGGAGGUCUUGGGAAGACUACAUUAGCCAAAAUGGUUUAUGAAGAUCCUGAAGUUAGGUAUCACUUUCACAUUCGAGCCCAGGCUGUUGUGUCUCGAGAACAUAAUGUAAAAGAGAUGCUCAUUCAGCUUUUGGAUUGUAUUUUGCCAGUCACUACUGAAAUCUCCAACAAAGGUGAGGCUGAGCUAGCAGAGCAAUUACGCAAAAGUUUGGUGGGUAAGAGAAUUGUGUUUGGUGAUGAAAGAUGGAAGCCAGAUCCCUACUUUGAGUCACUUGGAAGAAGUAUUAGUAUACUAUGCGUGGGAAUACCCCUGGUAGCUGUUUUGAUUGCUGGACUUCUAGCUACCGUUAACAAUUCAUUAGAAAUAUGGGAAGAUGUUCGUGAAACUUUGCGUACAGCACAAUUAAGGCAUGAAAAUAACAAUUUGGAAGCGAUUACAUCUUUGUGUUACAAUUACUUGCCAAAUCAUUUGAAAGCUUGUUUUCUUUAUUUUGGAGUUUUCCCUGAAGAUAGCAGUAUUCCUUUUACGAAACUAAUUAACUUGUGGGUUGCAGAGGGAUUUCUAAAGCCAGAAAGAAAUAGGAGUUUGGAAGAAGUGGCAAAAAGUUACUUGUAUGAUCUCAUUAAUAGAAAUCUAGUUCAAAUUGACAAGCGAAGUGUUGAUGGCAAGAUUAAUAGAUGUAAAAUUCAUGAUAGAGUGCAUGAGAUGUGUGUGAGAGAAGCUAAAAAGAAGAACAUUAUGUCUCUUCUAAAUGAAAAAUUUCUACCUUUCAAGAUGCAGGUUGGUGCACCCAUGUUUGAAACUACUAAGAGUAUUGGAUUUAUCUUUACUUAA